AUGUCGUCCCCUUUCCGCAUAGUUGAGCAUGUCGUGCCGACUCAACACAUCAGGGAGUAUCCUGGAGCUACGGCCAACGACCAAGAAGAGCCCUUGCAUCUGGCCGUGAAACAAUAUAUCCCACUGGACAAUCCAAAUCCACAGCCAGGCGAUAUUACUAUCAUUGGAGCCCACGCGAAUGGCUUCCCUAAGGAACUAUAUGAGCCACUUUGGGAGGAAAUCUACGCUCGGUCUAAGCAGAAUGGGAUGCGCAUUCGCAGUAUCUGGAUGGCCGAUGUGGCGCAUGAAGGCCAAAGCAGUGUGAUCAAUGAAGAUUCCCUCGGAAAUGAUCGUAUGCAAUAUGGAUGUCUUGUGAGCAGUAAUCAUGAUGCUAACUUAAUUACAGCCAGCUGGUUCGACCAUCCCCGAGAUCUCCUCCACCUAAUCAAUGUCAAGCGAGCUGAGAUGCCCCGGCCUAUCGUUGGCAUCGGGCAUAGCAUGGGAGGCGCCCAUCUCACACAAUUGUGUCUAAUGCAUCCCCGACUCAUCCACACAUUAAUCCUCCUAGACCCAGUGAUCCAACGUCAAACAACCCAACUAGACGGUCUCAGCCUCCAAAACAACAAGCGCGAGAUCGCCAAAACAACCCAACUAUCAACCCACCGGCGCGAUAUCUGGCCAUCCCGCCAAGCCGCCGCAGAAGGCUUCCGUCGGAGCCCCUUCUACCAAGCCUGGGACCCACGAGUGCUAUCCCGCUGGAUCGAGCACGGUCUGCGCGACCUCCCAACAGCAAUCCACCCACUAGACCCCAAGACCCGGACAGACAAAACCACCGGACCCCCAGUAACCCUCCGAACCCCACUGCACCAAGAAGUGUUCACCUUCUCGCGGCCAAACUACAGCCACAUCCCGAACAGCACCAAGCCCGUCAACCGCGUAACACACCCAGACCUAGACGCAACCCAUCAAGAUAGCUACCCCUUCUACCGCCCAGAGCCAGCCCGCAUCUUCUCCCAGCUCCCGUUCCUGCGCCCCAGCGUGCUGUACAUCUUCGCCGGCAAGUCGGACAUGUGUCUUCCCGCCAUGCGCGCCGACAAGCUCGCCAAUACGGGAACCGGCCUGGGCGGCAGUGGUGGUGUUGCUGCGGGCCGCGUGCGUGAUGUCUUCCUCGAAGGGUUUGGCCAUCUCCUUGCCCAGGAGGCUGUGAAUGAGUGUGCUGAUGCGGCGGUUUGUUGGCUUGCGCCGGAGAUCCGUCGCUGGCGUGCUGAGGAGGACAGUUUCCGUGCAGCUUGGAGUCGGAAGUCGAAAAUUGAGAAGGUUACUGUUGAUGCGGAGUGGUUGAAGAAAGUUCCUGCGCCGGUGCGAAGGCCGAAGAAGGCGGUGCAGAAUGGGGAGUCGAAGCUGUAA